AAAUACCUCACUUCAUUGUCCCCAGAAUAUACUUCAAAACCCGGUUGCAAUUGGGUCGCGAUCAUACCCUGAUCAUACCGCUCCAAUCACACAUUUCCGACGGCUCAAAUGACUUCUGUCGAUUCAGCUUUAAAGCAGAUUAUACAACGUGUUAAAGACAUUCAAUGCCUCACUCAACCCUUUGCUUCGACAUCGUCGUGCUCGUUUGCACCUCAAGCAUGUUCUUUGCGACAACCUAUUGCUAAGAUCUCCCUUCCUGACCCACCAUCAAUGCAAUCCACUCUCUUGGCUGCUGGUGCCCGUCCCGACAUUUCUGUGGCAAUGGACCAAGCAUACCAGAAGCGGGCUCUUGACUUGCGAGCUUUCUAUCACUCGGCUUUAGCACUUAUGUGCUCAAACCAGGCCCAAUAUCCGUCCAAGUUUCGCUAUGUCCCCGAACAAAAAAUCUUGUCCACAUUCACCGAGCUAUAUCUCAGACAACUUAUGGCCUGGAGACAAGAUUGUGUUGAUUUUUAUCUUAAACAUUCGUCAACUAGUGGCAAUGUACAGAAUUUGAGUGGUACAUCAAGGUUUAAUCAUGAGUAUGUUCCAUUGCUCGAAUACUUCUUCGCAGAGAACCCAUUUCCAACUCAUGCCGACAAGGCUUUCCUCGCAAAGAAAUCAGCAAUGACAUAUCGUCAGAUCCAUGUUUGGUUCCAAAACAGGCGUAAUAGAAUGAAGAAAGAAGGUCGAGUGUUAAGGAAGAAAGCAGCGACUGAGGGUGCCACUCUUCCGUUGGAUAACCUAUACCAGCGUAUGGAUAAAUUCAUUGUACCGGAAGAAUGGAAGGCGCAUACCUCGUAUUCCUGUCUUUCAGAUUGCCCUACCAAGCAAGGGGACGAGAUGAUGUCUAUUGCAGACAACGAAUGCAACCCACUCGAGCGUCUGGCACCUUUGCAUGCAUUCCCAUCGUUGUAUCCCCCUUCAUGCACGUAUGAUCCUUUCCCAUCGAAGAAUGGUGUGACAAAUUUCGGUGCGCCAAAAUGGCUCCGGCGCCCAAUGACCACAGCUGUUCGAUGUCCUACAUUAGACAUUGAUGGGCUCGUGGACCGCUUCUCGAGGAUAAACAUACUAGAUGAUUCUGGUUCGCGUUCACGCGGCAGCGUCGAUUCACAUGCAGCUGUGGCUGCCAUCACGGUUAUACCCUUCCUUGCGCCUCUGCCUGCCCUCAUUCGGGGGACACCUACGCAUAUCACACCCGUCAGUGCUCCGCUACAUUCUGUUCCUGCCACCGCGGCUCGUCGCCAUGUCUUCGAUACUCCCAGUCCUCAAUCAAGACCUGUGACAUUGGUGCCGGCCUUCGAGACCCCAACAGGGCAGAAGGCUCGCCGCCGGAAAACGGCACCAUUACCAAAGCGCGUUCCUCGUGGGGACUCGAUUUCUCACCGGGGUGUCACACCAGCCGCUUCAGAGGUAUCUGUUGCCUCACCUUUGUCAUCAUCGCCCUCGCGUUCGUCUUCAUUCGGAUCUGAGAGCUCCUCACAGAACCGCCUAUUCUCAAGCGCGAAUUCCACAUCGAGCAGUUCCCCUGGCAUCACGACGCCGCCUCCAUUCCCCUCACCUUCAACACAGCCUGCAUCUCCUCCAAUGUCAUUAUACAAUUUCUCUUCAAAUACGACCGAUCUAUUCGGCGAUGCUUUGGAAAGCGUUCCCUCACUAGGGGGGGGACUUCAGCUUGAUUUUAAUUCAAGCAUAUUCGGGAAUGAGCACAUUCUGAAGUCACCGGCGUUCGAUUUCUCAUUCGAUGCGGCCUCAGCAGUGAAUCCUGUUCGCGCACCGUCAUGAGCUACUCCACGGUGGGAGUGCACGGACUUCGUUUUAGCAUGCUCCAGAUAGAGCUUGCUUUCUACCUUUGGCACGCCAGGCCU